AUGCAAUUAUUAAAAAAAACGUGUUUUUACAAACGUGCCGAUUAUUCACUUUAUAUUUUUAGUUCAAAAAAUCGAAUUCGAAUUAAGUGCCUUCAACUAACGGAAAAAAAAUGGUUUGAUUACACAAUUUUGAUAUUCAUUGGUAUUAACUGUAUCACAUUAGCCAUGGAACGACCAUCAAUUCCUCCGAAAUCGCUGGAACGACAGUUUCUUACAUUUGCGGGAUAUGUUUUUACUGUGAUUUUUACCAUCGAAAUGAGUAUGAAGGUCAUUGCGAAUGGAUGUUUGCUUGGAAAAGAUGCUUAUUUUAAAGAUGGAUGGAACAUUUUGGAUGGUGCACUGGUUAUUAUAAGUCUUACAAAUAUCGUUUUUGAAUUGUUUGUUCAUAUAGAUUCACCGAAAAUAUUUGGUGUUAUACGUGUAUUACGAUUGCUGAGAGCACUACGCCCGUUACGUGUUAUAAAUCGAGCUCCUGGAGUAAAACUCGUGGGUAUGAUGUUUCAUUGUGUUGGACCAAAUAUAAGUAAUGUCACAACAAAGACAGAUUGUUUGAUGGAUCCACGAAAUCGAUGGGUUAAUCAUCGCUAUAAUUUUGACAAUCUUGGCCAGGCACUGAUGUCACUGUUUGUAUUGUCCAGUAAGGAUGGAUGGGUUGCUAUUAUGUACCAGGGUAUCGAUGCUACAGGUGUAGAUUUACAGCCGAUCGAAAAUUACAAUGAGUGGCGAAUGAUUUAUUUCAUCUCUUUCCUACUACUUGUCGGAUUUUUCGUAUUGAAUAUGUUUGUUGGUGUUGUUGUGGAGAAUUUCCAUAAAUGCAAAGAAGCAUUGGAAGCUGAAAUGAAGGAACAGGCACGGAAAAAGCGUCUAGAGAGAAAAUUAAAACGACAACAGUAUGAAAGCGAGUAUGGACAAAAGAAAAAAAGACGAGAGAAAUCGCAGCCAUAUUGGCAUAAUUAUGGUCCGACAAGGCUAUUUUUGAACAAUAUUGUGACCUCAAAGUACUUCGAUCUAGCUAUUGCCGCUGUUAUUGGAGUAAAUGUCAUCUCAAUGGCUAUGGAAUUCUAUAUGAUGCCAACUGGAUUGAAGUAUGUCCUAAAAACAUUGAAUUAUUUUUUCACUGCUGUUUUCACUCUGGAAUCUGCGAUUAAACUUGUAGCAUUGGGAGUUCGUCGAUUUUUCAGCGAACGAUGGAAUCAAUUGGAUAUUUCCAUUGUGAUCCUAUCUAUUGCUGGCAUUGUAUUCGAGGAAUUCGAAGCUUUAGAAUUGCCCAUUAACCCAACAAUUAUUCGAGUAAUGCGAGUUCUUCGAAUUGCUCGAGUAUUGAAAUUAUUAAAAAUGGCUAAAGGUAUCCGCUCACUAUUGGAUACAGUUGGUGAAGCAUUACCACAAGUUGGAAAUCUUGGAUCGCUUUUCUUCCUCUUAUUUUUCAUUUUCGCCGCUCUUGGUGUCGAGUUAUUCGGUAAACUCGAAUGCUCGGAUGAACAUCCAUGUGAUGGACUUGGUGAGCAUGCUCAUUUCAAAAAUUUCGGUAUGGCAUUCCUUACAUUGUUUCGCAUAGCUACAGGUGACAAUUGGAAUGGAAUUAUGAAGGAUGCAUUACGUGACGAUUGCGAUCCGUCGGAUCGUUGUGAAUCGAAUUGCUGUGUCGAUCCAAUAUUAGCACCAUGUUUCUUCAUCAUAUUUGUACUGAUCUCGCAAUUUGUGUUGGUCAAUGUUGUUGUUGCUGUUUUGAUGAAACAUUUGGAAGAAAGUAACAAAAGAGAAGAGGCUUCCGAUGGCCAUGGACUUGCUGGAACGGAUACUGAUGCGAAUAAAACCGAUACAGAUGUUGAAGAUAAUGCAAAUUCAUCACAAAAAGAUUUAGACAAUACUGGUACUGAUACAAAGAAUGAAAAGGAUUGUUUAUUAGUUCAUGCAAGAUAUAUGGAAACACCUUUACCGAAAAACAAUAGACGUCAUAACGGGCAUUCUCCCAUGCUCAGAUGA